AUGGGAAGCGCCCGGCUUCCCUUGCAGGAAACCAGCGGAAACAUCCCAUCUCCCGUUUUGAAGAAAACCAGACUCAACAACACCAAGCCUGCCCUCCAACUCAACCACGACAUCCCUGCAGAACACCACCAGCAUGAAGCAGGCAAGGUCAACCUCGCAUCCACAACCAAGCCCAUGUUGACCAACGAGCGUCUCCCGUACCUCCAACGUCCCCAUCCACGCACACACCACACCAAGCCUGCCAAGGUAGAAACCGCACCCCAGGCAAAGACUACGGGACGCCUUGCAGGCGAGGAGUUGUACAACUGGCAACAGUCAUGGAGAAAGAUCAUGAAGGAGUCCACCGUGUACUUCGAGGGCGUCACCGAAUACAACCCCAUCCAGCUCUCGGAAUAUAAAAAGGCUUCCAGGUACUUGAAGCAGGUGGGGUGUGAAAUAACCCCUUUCUACGACAACGACGUGACAAUCAUCAUAUCUCGGAGACCAUACAACCCAUCCAAGCCGUAUCCUCCCAACGACAUUUUCUCCAAUGUAUCCAAUCUCAAGAUCAAAGUGUGGGACUACGAUAAGGUGUUCAGGUUUCUCAAAAACUUGGGCAUAAACAUGACUGUCACUGACGAAAACUCCAUGAACCCAGCAGCAGCAGCCAGCGCUUCCACUAGCACCGCAUUGAAUGAAACAAAGUCAAAACACAAGGAUAACUUGUACAACCUUUUGAAGGAAGAGAAGAUUUACGGUACCAAUGAUAGAGAUCCAAAUGCUAAACGUGAUGAUUUACACUAUUUGGAAAAAAAUUACUUGUAUGUUUACGAUUUGUUACAAAAGGUCAGACCAAUUGCUAUCAGAGAAUGGCAGGAAGACAGUUAUCCAGUUUUGAAUUUAACUCUAGAUGGCAAGUGCCCAUUUAUCUUUGACAACACAGAGUCGAGCAACAGUGAGCGUAAAAAGUUGAGAAGAUUGCAGAAAUUUGAAGUGACAAAGGACUAUAGAAGCUUAUUGAAGAGGGCCACUUAUGAUAUCAUCAGUAACAUCAAAAAUGGAGUCAACAUGAACACUUCGGGAUUCAGCGGAACCAGUACUAGCACUGACAGAAUAGGCGAAGAUGAGGUGACGAUAAUCCAAAACUCAACCAGCUCUAAGAAUAGAAGAGUUGCCGCUGAAGAAGAGACUGAUAGUAUGAAACCUUUGAGAUAUAACUUUAAGCAUCCAAGUAUCCCUGCCUUAACUAGAAACUCAUCAUGUGUCCAGCUGAACUCUAACUCUAAGUUUUAUGACGUGACUGCUUCUGGUUACAAUGGAGCAUCGAACGCAAUGAGUGUUUCAAUGGACACUUCUCUCAAUAGUAACGCAGCAAGAGGCAAUGGACUUGGGCCCAUGGUCUCGCAAGUUCCCUCUAGGAAUCUCAACAACUUGAACAGAAGAAUAUUUAUUAAAAAGAAGAAGCAGGAAUCCAACAAUUCAUUCAAUGAAAAGGCGGGCAAUGAAGAGAAGGAAUUGACACCAGGCUACUGUGAAAAUUGUCGGGUAAAGUACGAUCACUUCGAGGACCACAUCAAGUCCAACAGGCACAGAAACUUUGCGUGUGACGAUCGUAACUUCAAAGACAUUGACAACUUGGCCAAGAUUCUACACGAAAGAAGAUCGCUGGGUUACAUCACUUCCAAUGGAGACUUUGCAUACUCUUAGACCUCCUUGGUAAGCCAACUCCAGACUACCGAUCUACCAGGGAGCGACGAGCAGAUUGCUCACUACCAGCUUACCCACUCUAGCAUAUCUAUUUCUAUAGCAUUUAUUGCAAUGUACAUUAAUUUUC